CUUGCUGGGUGUUUGUACGGGGAGUUGAAAGGCGCACAGCCGCAGUGCAGCAGCGGUGUCGGGGUUCGUGGAAGAGCCUCGUUGUUACUCUGUUUCUCCAGCGUCGAAGAAAAAAAAAAACAGCAACAUAAUAAAAUAACACAGCCAGUCACAACUAGACGUGUUGCAUAGCUUCUAAUUAAUGUGACAGGAUUAGCAUGUUUGGCUAGUAGCUGUGUGUGUUGUGUAGUUGUGCUGUUGAGGGGGGUCGUGAGUACGAUACCGCCUCUCCUUUAACCUCUUGGCAUUUUCAAUUCAUCUCGCAAGCAGCCCAUUCACAGCCACGCUCUUUGUUUUCUUCUCCAAGGUUAGGGCUAAGCUACUUUCAUUACACGGUUUUAAAACGUCGGGAAGUGACUCCCUGGCAGUGUUCAACGUGCAGUUCCCUGUUUUGGCCAAUGCUUGCUGCGCUACAGCAUGACCACAGCAGUGUCUGCUCAUCUGGUAGUUCUGGCAAAUGAAAAUGGAGGAGGUUUCAGUGUCCAGCCUGGACAACAGCAAGCUGGAGGCCCUAGCUCAGGACAUCCUGUCUGACCUGGUGGAGGAUGCGUGCCUGGGACUUUGCUUUGAGGUCCACCGGGCAGUAAAGCAGGGCUAUUUUUUCCUCGAUGACACGGACCAAGAAAGUAUGAGGGACUUCGAAAUUGUGGACCAGCCAGGACUGGAUGUGUUUGGCCAAGUGUACAACCAGUGGAAAAACAAGGAGUGUGUAUGUCCCAACUGUAGCCGGAGUAUUGCUGCCUCACGCUUUGCUCCACACCUGGAGAAAUGUCUGGGAAUGGGACGUAACAGCAGCCGUAUAGCCAACCGCAGAAUAGUCACUGGUAACAACACCAACAACAAGUCAGAGAGUGACCAAGAGGACAAUGACGACGUCAAUGAUAACGACUGGUCUUACGGGGCAGAAAAGAAAGCUAAGAAAAGGAAAUCUGAUAAGAAUCCAAACUCGCCAAGAAGAUCCAAAUCAUUCAAGCAUAAGAACAGCAUGAUGGGUCCCAGACGUCGCAUGGACAACCAGGAGAGCCCGCGCAUGCUGAUGAAAGAUGAGGCAUUCUCACAAUAACACAAACACAAACAUUCUCUCACCAUCGUGUGUGCGGAGAUGCACACAGAGACACGCUCACGGGAUGACCAACAACACUUCACCUUUGGUUCUUUAUGUUGUGAAAUGAAUGGACGCUGAUGGUUAAAGGCAACAUUUGUGGUGUUUGCUGCUCUGCAGAAGCAGUCCAGAGCUCCCAACCUUAUACUUGACAAAUUUAUUUUUAUUCAGAAAAUCAUUGUACCAACACUUGUUUUGUUUUGUUUGUUUUUUUUUAAAAAGAAAAUUUUCUGUAGUUAUCAUUUUCGACUGAUACUUUUCACCAAAUAUGAUUUCACUGCACAGAUGUAAACUUUGGUGUAAUUCAUUCAGAGACGGUGUACGCUUACAGUAUUAUUUUGUUUCUUUUCAUAAAAUACAGAAAUGAUUACACAGUGGAUGUCCUUAUAUUACCUCACAUUUUACAAUCUCAAUCUUUGAAAAAAAAUAAUAAUGUCAAAGACAAUCAUUGCUAAUGGUUUGUCUUUUAUUUUCACCUUUCAAAGCAUCUGUCGUUCACCUGUGGAAACUUGUUUCACAAUGUUCAGGACAUGAACUCCUGAAGUGCAGAAGCAGGUAUUUGGUGCAGAAAGCAGGUUUCUUCAUUUUUCUUUUUUUUUUGGUGGAUAGAGUUGCUUGUUUUCUAGCAUUGAAAUAUGUCUUUGUAUCAUGUGUUUACAUUGUAAAGGGUUACAUAUGUCCUUGGUGUGAUGUGAUAGUGUAAAUAUUCUAAUAGUUGAAUUGCUGCUAUCAUGGCUCAGUUUGUUUCAUCUGUCUAGCAAAAUAAAUGAUUUGUUAUCUGUC